AUGCCUCGUCGCCGCUUCCCCUUGGCGGGCACGGUCACCGCCGUGGCGCUCCUUCUCGCCGUCGUCGUCGUUCUGGCCAGCGCGACCGCGCCCGCCGACGCCAAGACGACGAGCCUGGCGUCGAGCUUCCUGGAGCCGCACAACGCGGCGCGGCGCGCGGUGGGGGUGCCCGCGCUGCGGUGGGACGAACGCCUGGCGGCGUACGCGCGUUGGUACGCGGCGGCGCGGGCCGGCGACUGCAAGCUGGAGCACUCGCACGGGCGCGACGACUACGGGGAGAACCUCUUCCGCGGGAGCGGCGGCGCCGGGUGGACCCCCGCGGCCGUGGUGGGCGCCUGGGUCCAGGAGCGCGCGAUCUACGACCCCGCCUCCAACUCCUGCCGCGGCGGCGGCGGCGCGUGCGGGCACUACACCCAGGUCGUGUGGCGCCGCACCACGGCCGUCGGGUGCGCGAUGGCGCCCUGCGCCGGGGCACGCUUCACGUUCGCCGUGUGCAGCUACAGCCCGCCCGGCAACUACGUGGGGAUGAGGCCCUACUGA